CAUGUAGUUACGUGUCCUCUCUCACUCACACUCUGUCUCUAUAUCUCUCCAAAAAAAGAAGAUGACAAAUGCAUGUGCAGAGAGACCAACUGUAUGAUACCUCCACUCUCAUCUCAUCUCUUCUUCCACAACCACCAAAUUCCACCUUCUCACAUCUCACAGCAUCUAUCUGCAUCCUGCCUGCUUCAAAAACUUCAUCUUCCUAUGAAAAUGAGUCGUCGAUGUGUUCGCGAAACGUUGGUUUACCUAACAUCUGCAAUAAUCGUCCUGAACUGCUGUAUGGUGGCUGCUGAAGCGGUCACGUGUUCCGGAAUAGUGCCAAUGGUGUACCGGAACGAUAAGAUAUCGAUAACGGAUUUCGGUGGAGUAGGAGAUGGAAGAAGGUUGAACACGAAAGCUUUCGAAGAGGCGAUUUACAGGAUUAAGCAUUUGAGGAGGAGAGGUGGAACGUUGUUGUAUAUACCUCCUGGUGUUUAUUUAACAGAGAGUUUUAAUCUUACUAGUAGGAUGACUCUCUAUUUGGCUAGAGGUGCUGUUAUUAAAGCUACACAGAGAACUGGAAACUGGCCUUUGAUUGCGCCUCUACCUUCGUAUGGAAGAGGGCGAGAGCGGCCCGGAGGAAGAUACAUGAGCUUUAUCCAUGGAGAAGGACUACAUGAUGUCAUUAUAACCGGUGAGAACGGAACAAUUGACGGCCAAGGCGGGGUGUGGUGGAACAUGUGGAGAAAGCGAACCUUGCGAUUCACUAGACCAAACCUUAUCGAGUUAAAGGAUUCUAAACGCAUCAUUAUAUCUAAUGUGAUUUUUAAAAACUCCCCUUUUUGGAACAUUCAUCCUGUAUACUGCAGCCAUGUUGUUAUCAGGCAUGUCACCAUAUUGGCUCCACAUGACUCUCCAAACACCGACGGAAUUGAUCCAGAUUCAAGCUCCCAUGUUUGCAUAGAAGACUCCUUCAUUUCCACAGGAGAUGACCUAGUGGCGGUAAAAAGCGGGUGGGAUGAGUACGGGAUAAAAUACGGUCGUCCUAGCACCGACAUUACAAUCCGCCGCAUCACCGGAUCGUCUCCAUUCGCAGGAAUAGCCGUCGGAAGCGAAACAUCCGGCAGCGUAUACAACGUAUUGGCAGAGCAUAUAACUCUAAAAAACAUGGGAGUUGGAAUCCACCUAAAAACAAACAUCGGUAGGGGCGGAAUCAUCAAAAACAUCACCAUAUCCGACGUUUACAUGGUGAAUGUCCGUAAAGGAAUCAAGAUCGCUGCGGAUGUUGGUGACCAUCCUGACGAAAACUACAACCCGAACACCUUACCGGUUCUUAAGCAAGUGAGGAUACGAAAUGUGAGGGGCAAAAAGGUCCAGCAGGCUGGUUUAAUAAUCGGUUUGAAGAACUCGCCGUUCACUGACGUCUGUCUAUCUAAUAUCAAUCUGUUUGGCUAUCCUCGUCCACGAUAUGUUCCAUGGAAGUGCUCUUAUGUUCGUGGUGGUGCGAUACAAGUUAGACCGUCACCAUGUUCGAAUCUUAUCCAUGGCGGUUCAUGCCCAAAUUAGAGACGUUGACGGUUGACCAAAUGUUUUAAGUUUUAUUCGCCUUAAUAUGAUACAGAUGAAACAUCACAGGCUAAACAUAAAUAGCAUAUUACUUUCUAUGGAUUCAUGAAAUACUCGAACCAAA